AUGACUGCAUUUGCUAAAAUUAUUGAAGGUCGCGCCUGUAAAGUCCAUACGUUUAGUCUGAAAAUUACUUCUUUCCGAACCCAGAAACAGUCUCAGAUGGAAGCUUUGCAAACACAAGGCCAAGCUCUUAUUGCUGAACGGCAACGAGCUAUUGAUGAGAUAAAUGCUAAAAUUGAUGAUGCAGAAAGAAGAUUAGCAACAAUGAGAAGUAAAGUUUCUCUAAAAUAUCAAGAAUUAGGACAAUUAAUAAAAGCACAAGAAGCAAAGGCAGCUCAUGAAGAAGAGGAAGAAGAUGAUAACAACGAUAUACAAGAAAUAAUUGAAUCAAAUAAGAAAGAAAUCGAGUCUUGUCGCGAGCAAAAUAAGAUAGAAAUCAAAUCCCUUAUGGAAGAAUAUAUGGCAAGAACAAAAGCAGCCGAAAAAUGGGCAAGAGAACAUAUUGAAGUUCUCAAGCACGAAAAAGAAGAAGAACUUUCAGCAUUGGAAGAAGAGCUAAAGCAAGCUAGAAAAGACUAUCAAAAAUCUGCAUCAUCUUCAACAGUAAAUCUCAAUAAAGUUCGAGAACAAAGUAUGAAAGCAUCAAAGGAACACAAAAAGCGAAUAAAAUAUUUACAGGAGCAAAUAUCAAGUAGACUUGCACAAUCUCGUAGCGAAGUCAGAGAUAUUAAAGCAAAGAUUAACGAAACAUUAUCAACAAUCGAAAUGAGAGAGCUUGAACAUCAAAUCUCACUUCAUAAAUUGGAAGAUGAAAUGAGUGAACGUGAAAAAUGCUACAAUGAAUAUCUCAAUGCUCUUAAUUCUCAAUAUAGUGCUGCAAAGAAGCAUAUUGAACGUUCAAUGGAGUCAGCCGUUUAUCAAGCUCAAGCUGCAGCAUCCGUUCAAAAGCGUCUCGAGAGAUUCCAUGAGAAGCAGUUGCAGAUUUCCAGAUCAGACAAAGAGAAGUUGAGACAGUCUGUCGGAGCGACUAAAACGCAAAGUAACAUAACUAUCCAGCAGACAUCAGACAUUGCUGCCAAAGUUCAGGAGAUAAAGAGACAAUAUGAAGAUACAGAAAGAGAUGAUAUGAUAAUUUUAGACCAAAUCAAUGAACUUGAGACAGAAAAUAAGCAACUUGAAGCCGAACUCAAACAGCUUCAAGUUAAAGUUUACGGAGAACCUGAAGAAGAAAACUAA